CGCAGCGGAGCCCACGCAUGACAUCACGGCUGGACAAAGCAGCAAGGAGUGGUUUCUCUCUGAAGAGAAGCCCCCAAAAUCAAUGAAAACACCCAAACAGUCCAGGAAAAAAAAAAGUCCCAGUAAUUUUAUCUCCAGUUAAAUCAAGGGGCGCAGGCGGCGUCUUAGAAGCGGUGCUUUGUUGUGAGAGGAAUGAACUGCUGUGGAAAAUAAGCCCGUCUGUCUGGACUGAGGAGAGAGCCACCACCGCUGGACGGUCGUGCUGUAUCUGAAGACGUGGACCUGCUGUUUGAAUCCAUCCUGAAACAUCAUGCUAGCCCUCCUGCUGCCUGCGAUGCUGGCCGUCCACGCAAUGGCUAAGCUGGAACUGCACGUCCCGGACCAACCGGUGGUGGCGUUGCAUGGCGAAGAUGUCACCCUCAACUGCUCCUUUGACCACUCGAGCCCCUUCAACCUUUCCGACGUGGCCGUGUUCUGGCAGCUGACCGACACCAAAGGCAGCAUCCACGCGUUCUGGAAGGGACAGGACCAGCUGGUGGAACAACUGGAGAGCUACGCCAACCGUACGAGCCUGUUCCCCGCCCAGCUGACCGCGGGCAACGCCUCGCUCCUACUGCGAAGGGUGGCCAUCGCCGACGAAGGCGACUACACGUGCUUUGUCAGAGUGCAGGAGUACGACAGAGCCUCUUUGCUUCUGCAGGUGGCGGCUCCUUACACCAAGCCUGAGGUCACCUUGGAGCCCGAAUCCAACCUGCGGCCCGGGGACGAGUUGGCCCUGACCUGUGUGGCAUACGGUGGGUAUCCUAAGGCAGACGUCGUAUGGCAGGACGGGAGCGGACGCAACCUGACAGACAACAUCACAACCUCGGUGGUGGCCAAUGAACAAGGGCUCUUCACCAUGACCAGCGUGCUCACCGUGGUGCUGGAGCCCAACAGCUCCUUCAGCUGCCGGCUGAUCAACCCUCUGCUUGGCGAGGAGCGCUCCAUCUUUGUCACAGUCACAGGUCAGAACAUGGCAUUCCCUCCAGUGGCUCUGUGGGUUACUGUGGGCCUGGCUGUGUGUCUGCUGGGUCUACUCAUCGCUCUGGCUGCUGUCUGCCGCAGGAAGAUCAAGGAAAGCUGUGAGGAGGCCAGGAGAGAAGCUGAAGAGGCCAAGGAGCUGGAAGAGGAGGAAUCAAAGACAGCUAUGACACCCCUGAAGAGCUAAGACCAACAGGAGACUGGUGGUGAGUCGAGGCCAGACAGUCGGGGUGGGGAAGGAGGAGAUGAGUCUGGCGGGUAAUCCCAGUCCACCUAUCCAUCAACCUGGAGACUGUUUCCAGCAUCCCCUGCAGAAUGUCAAAGCCUCGCUGAGUCCAUCAUCUUCUUUCGAAGACUUUCCCUCGAGUUUCCGUCCAAAGACAUAAACACAUCAUGUGCCAUUAGUUUCUAUUGCCUUCCUUUCAUUCUCUCGACAGAGAGCCGCAACAGUGAGUAAAUGCAGUUGAGUGAGUUGUGUUGUCUGCCGCACGUAGAGCGGCGGCCGCCGCCUUUGAAAACUACAGGAUGUGACAGGAUCCUUUGUCUGUCACUGACAUCACUCUGCAUGCAUUGUGAUGGGGCAUGUGGCAGAGAUGUGCUGUCUAAUAGGAAGUGAGACACUUAAAGAGAUGACCCUGCUUCAGUUGCCUGAGAGAGAGCCUGGCUCUCCUAUUACUCCGGGACUUGCUAAUUAGCGUCUGUCGCUGGAGUAACUUGUACCUGUCAGUGUGCGCCGCUCUCCUGUAUUCAGUAAGUCAAGGCAAUUGAAAGUGAAUGCCAGCGAAGCUCCAACAAACUGCAAAUGGCGCAUGUGAAACACUCUGAUCCCUCUCCCUGACCUGACAGCUUUUACACGUAAGAAAUUGUUUUUAAUGAAGAAAGACAAUCUCAGCUUGUUUCUACAGCGGAUGUUGAAUGUUUUAUCACUUCCAGGCUUUGGGGGUGCACAUUUAGUUUUAUUCCAUCUUUUUUAAAGUACUUCAGCAAGUCCCAGUGCCAUAUGCCUAUGUAUAAAUACCAAAGCCAUUUGUUUGAGAAAACACAGUGCCUAUUUACAUUAAAGAGACAUGGUGCAACUGUC